AAUGGUUACUGCGGCAACGACGUACAUACACUAAGCGCGAGCUAUCUGACUUAUCACUCCAGAACUACAGAACAGAAAGAAAAAAAGGAACCAGAGGUUCCAGCUACAAUUAGACAUUCGCUAUGUAACUAAUUACUAUUUAAAUAAACACUACAGCUCAGAGUUUAUAUUAAACACAGUAAUGGCUGGGACGGUUCUCUGUGAGCCCAGUGAGCUUUACAACAUCCUGAACCAGAACCAGCGAUACUCAAGACUCACCGAACCCAACUUCCUCUGUCUGAUCGAUACUCGAGCUGAAGGACCAUAUUUCUGCAGUCACAUCAUCACAGCCAAACAUGCUAAGUGGGGUUCAGAUGGAAAAUGGAUCAUCCCUGCUGAUGUGGAAGUUGAGAGCAUGAGAUAUAUCAUUGUGUAUGACAGCAAUACAAGUUCCCUCCAAGAUUCAGGACCAGCCACAGACUGUGCUGAGAGCCUGGCAAAAGCAAGCCGUCAUCCAGUUCAAAUUCUUAAAGGAGGCUAUGAGAGGUUUUGUGCCAUCUACCCUUUCUUCAGAACCCAGAAAAUUCUUUACACAAUUAGGGAACUGGAAAGCCUGGAGCCUUAUCCAGUGGAAAUUCUGCCUGGUCAGCUGUAUAUGGGUGAAUUCAGGCAGGCAGCAAAUCCUCAGAUACUCAAAGACCUGAAACUGACUGCACUGAUCAAUGUUUCUGAUGAUUUAAUGCUUGAAAAUGGAAAGCUCACAGUCCUGCAUAUCCGAGUGUCGGAUUCAGUGGAUGCUAAUUUGUCCAGUUCUUUCGAGAGUGUCUGCAAUUUCCUGACAUCUCAACUUGAGGCCAGAUCUGUUGCUUUCAUAUUCUCAACUCAUGGCAUUAGUCGCUGCAGUGUUCUGGCCAUGGCCUUCCUCAUGCAUCAUCUACAAUACACACUUAAGUCCUGGAGGAACGCAAUCUUGCUCCACUGUGUACUUGCCUCUUGACUUGACUUGGCGUCUGUUAAUAAUCCAUGUUUUCUAGUGUCUCCUUCUCUUUACUUACUCAGUGUGUUCCUGCCCUGUUUGAUGGUUUGUACAGUUUUUUUUACACCUGUCCUGCCCAGACAAGUGAUUUAUUGAACUGUGGCAUUUAAGAAAUGAUUGAUUGGCACCAACACACCCAAUGUGUGCCACAAAGCAGUUUCCCACAUCAUUAUUACUCCUCCUCCACCAACCUGAACUGUUGACACAAGACAGGUUGGGUCCAUGGAUUAACUCUGUUGGCACCAGAUUCUGCUGUUCAGUUGGGAAGUCUGUGCCCACUGCAGCCUUAGCUUUCUGUUCUUGGCUGACAGAAGUGGAAUGUGUGGAAUUUUGAUUCAAGGUGUUGUAUGUUCUAAAUUACAACACCUUGCUCUGUUUACCACAAGUGUACAGAGGAUAACCGAGCUACUGUAGCCAUUCUGUCAGCUUGAUCUCAUCAACAAGGAGUUCACUGGAUGUUUUGCUUUUAUUGCCCUAUUCAGGCAAAAAAAGAACUAGAGACCAUUGUGCUGAAAAUUCUAGAUAUACUCAAACCAGCCCAUAUAGCAUCAAGAAUCAUGCCACACUCAAACUCACUAAGAUCACAUUUUUUCGAUUCUAAUGGUUAAUGUGAACAUUAGCUGAAGCUGUUGGCCGGUAUCUGCAUGGUUUUAUGCACAUUUUCAAGAGUAAUAAUGCAAACUUUCUGUAAAUCCUAUAAACUUCUUUUCACUUCUCAAAUAUCACAGGGUUUGUCUGCUAUAUGAUAUAUAUAACUGAAAUUGAAUUUAUUCUGAACAACCAAUGAUUUAUAAAGGAAAAUCAUGAAAAUUGUCACGUACACGUGUUAGCAAUGGGUGCUACAUUCAACAAUUAGAAUGGGUGUCUAGAUACUUUGUACAUAUAAAUAAAGUGUACAUACUGUACAUCCUUAAUGUUUAUAUUAUAUUUUAAAGAACAUUAUGUGAACCAUGUGGUUUAAAAUUGACCUUCACUUCACUUCAGCAGGAUUGGUAUAAAUCUGCAACAUAACUGGAAACGAAUGCUAAACCUCUUAUGCAGACAGCAGGUUAGGCUGCAGACAUGCUGAUUUGUGAUUGUGGAUCAUGUUUAGGAAGCUUGGGAUCACGUCCAAAAAUGUAAAGCCAACAUGAGGCCUAAUCGUGGAUUUGUGCAGCAACUGUCCAGCUGGGAGCUGUGUGUACUGGGGAAGAAAAUCACAGAUA